AUGCGGCCGGGGGGCGCGCUGCUCGCCCUGCUCGCCAGCCUGCUGCUGCUGCUGCUUCUGCUGCGCCUACUGUGGUGCCCGAGCUACGCGCCCGCCCGUUCCAGGCUCUUGGCGGAGGACAGCAGGGAGGCCACCCGCAGCACCCCCGCAGCACUGAGGACCCUCCGGAGCCCGGCAACGCUGGCCCCGCGCACCACGAACAGCACCUAUCUGAAUGAGAAGUCACUCCAACUGACAGAGAAAUGCAAGAAUCUGCAAUAUGGCAUCGAGUCUCUUUCUAACAAAACCAAAGGGUAUUCGGAACACGACUACCUUCAGAUUAUCACAGAUAUACAGGGCUGUCCAUGGAAACGACAAGUGGAAGAGUAUGCAAAUUUCAGAGCAAAACUUGCUUCCUGCUGUGAUGCUGUUCAAAACUUUGUUGUUUCUCAAAAUAAUACUCCAGUUGGGACUAAUAUGAGUUACGAGGUGGAAAGUAAAAAAGAAAUCCCAAUUAGAGAGAAUAUCUUUCACAUGUUCCCAGUGGCCCAGCCUUUCGUGGAGUACCCUUAUAAUCAGUGUGCAGUGGUUGGAAACGGGGGAAUUCUGAAUAAGUCUCUCUGUGGAGCUGAAAUAGACAAAUCUGACUUCGUUUUUAGAUGUAACCUCCCUCCAACCACAGGAGAUGUUAGUAAAGAUGUUGGAAGCAAAACAAACCUCGUUACUGUGAAUCCCAGUAUCAUAACACUGAAAUAUGGCAACUUAAAGGAAAAGAAAGCAGUAUUCCUGGAGGACAUUGCAACCUAUGGAGACGCAUUUCUUCUUCUGCCAGCAUUUUCUUUCAGGGCCAACACUGGUACCUCCUUUAAAGUAUAUUACACACUGAGAGAGUCUAAGGCAAGACAGAAGGUUCUGUUUUUCCAUCCCAAGUACCUGAAACAUCUGGCCCUUUUCUGGAGAACUAAAGGUGUGACGGCGUACCGCUUGUCCACCGGCUUGAUGAUUACAAGUGUUGCCGUGGAGCUGUGUGAAAAUGUGAAGCUGUAUGGAUUUUGGCCCUUCUCUAAAACUGUAGAAGAUACACCGGUCAGCCAUCACUACUAUGACAACACCUUGCCUAAACGCGGUUUCCAUCAGAUGCCCAAAGAAUACAGCCAGAUCCUCCAGCUGCAUGUGAAAGGAAUCCUCAAACUGCAAUUUAGCAAAUGUGAAAUAGCUUAAACAAAAUGUCUUAAAAUGGGAAUCAUUUUAAUAUAACAUGGUAGGUAGCAGUGCCUCCAAAUACUAAAGGAUUUGGUAAUAGAGUUUUACAGGAAAAGCCUCCAAAUUUUUUUUUUGGCCAAAGUUCCCCACUAACUUUGCA